UUUUUUUUUUUGUAUUCUUUAUUGCAUUAUUGGGGGAGGGAGAUGACGUCCCUCGUUGGAAGUGGUCCCAUCAUCCAAUAUGCUAUCCACAUCAUCGCCUGUUCUUGGUAUAGUUGUUCGAAUCACUGCAAGAUGACCGAUCUCUCGCGACCCCCAAUGACUAGUUUAGUUUCACUUUCUGGAUCUGUUCUGUGCCUUUUUUAUUUUUUUUCUUAUUUUUUAAUUUUAUUUUUUUUUUACUCUGAUUUCUGAUUUAUUUAUUUUUAAUUUUGGGUCUAGUUUUCGAAGCUAA